AGGUGUGUUAGGUUCAAAGGAAGAAGUAUUUGUCUAACUCUCUGUAUAGACCCUAACAAGUGGCGUAUGUACCUAAUACACUCACUAAUCACUAUUGGUGAUGCUGGGGUGGGCAAACUUAGACUUAGAAGCAGAAGGUGACCCGGAGCAAGGGGACACUGGAGCUGGCUCAAGCUCUGCCUUGGAUAGACACUGCUGAAUCUGUAAGAGAUGCCACCACCACCGGGAAGCGACAAAAAUGAGUCUAAGAAAUCUCAGUCCAACAAGAUUGUGCCCCGUGAUCAUGGCCAAUCUGAAAAGAGAGGUGAGGAUUACCAAGCAGUGAUAUCUCCAUCUUCAUCUCCGGAACUGCUCAAAAAGAGAUCAGCUUUGGACGAUCUCACCAAUGCUUCUCAGAGUCCACCUGCCCAACCCAAGAAGGAAGCCAAUAAGGAGGUUGUUAAAGACAUUUCCAAGAAGAUAAACAAGAACACAACUGCUCUUGAGUUGGCCAGAAACAAUGCGAUAAAUAUAAAAAAAUAUGAAUUGGAACUCUCAUCAUCAGCAGUUAGCACCAUGGUACUAAACUUUGUGGAGAAACCACUCACUGUGAAUAUAUCUACCAUCUCUAAAGCACCCACUACUGAGGAGGCAUCUCUUUUAAAAAAGCCAUUAGUUUUAAAAGAGAAACCCACUACUAGGAACACAACUCAUAUCAAGAGGUCAUUAUCUUUAAAGAAGGACAUAAAUUGGAAUAAGACAUCUGAAUUUGUGGAGCCACUAUCCUUGCUGGGGGAGACUGAGAGUGAUUUUGAGUUUGUUUCAGAGCCAGUGACUUUUGGGAAUAAGCAUGAAACUGGAGAGGCAACUUUUGCUAAGAGGACAUUAUCCUCCACGAAGUUGUAUAUAAGUCAAGAGAAGCAAUUCUGCUGUGUGAAGGAAUUGACCUCGCUGGACAAUAACAUUGAAAAGGAUUCUUUUGUGGAGCCAAUGAACUUUAGGAAGAAACCUAAAACUGAGGAGUCUACCACCACUGAGAGACUGUUAACUUUAAAUAAGUGUACCACUCAAGAGAAGGUGUCUUAUAAGAGGAAGCCACUAAUAUUGCAGAAAGCCACCUCCAGAGAGAAGUUGCUCAAUGAGGAACCAUUUCCUUUUGAGACUAAGUCUACCACUAAGCAGUUCCUUUUCCAAGAGCCAUUUCUGUUGCAAGAGAAGCAUACCACUGAGGGGGACAUGUCUGUCUUAAAGAAGCCCUUGGCCUUGCAAAAGAAUCCAACUGAAGAGGACUCACUUUUAAAGGAGCCUUUGGCUUUUAAGAAGAAGCGUACCAUGGAGAAGGCGACCCCCAAUGAGGUGCUAGUGUUUGCAAAGAGACGUACCACUGAAGAUAAGCUAUCCUGCUUGAAGAAGCCACUAGUAUUGCAGGCCAUUUCUGAAGAGAAGUCACUCAUUAAGGAGCCAUUGUCCUUUAAAAAGAAGCCUACCACUGAGGAGGAGUUCCUCUUCAAGGGAUCAUCUAUGUUGCUAGAGAAGCACACCACUCAGGGGGAGGCAGCCCUCUUGAAGAAGCCUCGGGCAUUGCAGGAGAAUAUCCACAGCAAAGAUGAAUUUCUUAUGGAGCCAGUUUCCUGUAGGAAGAAACAUACCACAAAUGAGGCAAUCUCCAGCAAGGAGCCAUUAUCUUUAAAUAAGAGAAAGUACACCACUCAAAUAAUGAUGCCCAUCUGCCAAGAAGUGCUGGACUUGCAGAAUAUGAUUGGCAAAGAUAAGGAUUUCUUUGUUAUGAAGCCAGGGCCAUUUAGGAAGCAGUCUUCAACUGAGGAGGCAAUUGACAAGACGCUGUUAUCUUUAAAGAAGAAGCAUAUCACUGAUACCAAAGAGGACUCCUUGAAGAAGCGGUUGAUUUUUCAGGAGAAAAGCACCACUGAAGAGGAUUUCCUUUUGAAGAAACCAUUGAUUCGGAAGAAGAAGCUCUCCACUGAAGCAAUAAUAAGCACAGAGAGUCAAUUAUCUUUAAAGGAGAAGUCCACUGCUCAAGGGGAGGUGUUCCUCUUGAAGAAGCAAUUGUCCUUGCAGCAGAAGCCCAGCAUUGAGAAGGAUCCCCUCAUCAUUGAAGAAUUAACUUUUCAGGGGAAGCCUACCAUCGAUGACUCAUUCAAUUUAAAGAUGUUGAAUAAGAAAUCUACCACUCGGAAGAAGUUGUCCUUUGAGGGGCCAUUGACCUUGCAAGAUAAUCCCACCCAAAAGGAAGACACUUUUCUUAAAGAUUUAUCAACACUCCAAGUUAAUAACAGCUCACAUGUGUUCAACUCUCCCCCUGAAUCCCAAACAGGCAUGGCCAACUUUGGCAAAAUGACUAGUUUGGGCAAGUAUAAAACCAAAAGGAAGUACAGUGCUCGUAAAUCCAGUUCCAAAAAACGUUUCUCCUAUUGGCGCCAUAUAUCAAAGAAGAAGAUAACAAUACUGGAGAUAAUUGAUGGGGGCCAUUAUGAUCCAUAUUUCAACUUAGCAUACACCAAGGAUAUCUUCAACUACAUGAAGGCGAGAGAGGAAAAGUUCAGACUUAAAAAUUACAUGAGAAGUCAGACUGAGAUCAACAGUGACAUGAGGGUCUCUCUUGUGAACUGGUUGGUGAAAAUACAGGUUAACUGUAAUCUGAAUCAUGAGUCUCUCUACUUGGCAGUGAAGCUGGUGGAUCACUACCUUAUGAAGAAAAAAUGCAAGGAAGAGAAUCUGCAACUCCUUGGUGCCACUGCUUUUCUGAUUGCAGCAAAACUUGAGGAGACCGGCCCACCUAAGUUGGAUCGAUUCCUGCAGUCCCGUAGAGAGGGUUUUCAGCGACAUGAGAUGGUUGCCAUGGAAAUCAGCAUUUUGAGUACCCUCAAAUUUGAAAUCAACAUUCCUGUCGCCUAUCAUUUUCUGCGCAUAUUUUCUAUGAAUAUUCAUGUCAACAUUAGAACAGUGGUCUUAUCUCGAUUCAUCUGUGAGUUGACCCUGCAUGAAUAUGACUUCAUCCAGGAAAAGGGUUCCAAUCUAGCUGCUGCUUCCUUUCUUUUGGCCCUCCACAUGACGAAGCUUGGAUACUUGACUCAUUUCCUGAAUUAUUACUUUGACUUCGUGAUCUCUGAUCUUUACCUCUUGGUCAAAAAACUUAACACGCUGCUGACUUUGUAUCCUUGCAAUGAUAGGCUCAAGACUGUGUGUUUCAAGUAUUCUCACCCGAACUUUUAUGAAGUCACCAAAAUCCCCCCCUUGGACAAGUUGAAGCUGGAGGAAAUUUUGCACUCCCGCUAAUUCUGAAAUGAGGGCCUAGAACUCUGGCAGCAUAUAAACCAGGCUAUAUUUAUUCUGUCUUUGAAAAAUUUUUUUUGAUCACUUUUCUUCAUUUUUACCCUGUUUGUCUUUUCCAAAACUGAAUGUUAUAAAUGUUUAAGUGUUUAAGUUUUUUUAUGUAAGAGAAAAAAGUAUUGUAGUAUUUAUUUA